AUGUGGCUGGCAUGGUGGCGUAUCUUGCCAGCCCUUUGGGGCCUUGCUCUAGGCGGGCUGGAAAAGGAACUGGAAGAAGAACGGGAGAGAUGGUGGAAUGCUGGGCACACCCAGGUGCAGUUGUGGGACCAUUCUUGGUUAACACCCCGACUCGUUUGUGGAUUUCGCUUCAUGCGCGUUCCCCGCGCAUCAAGCCUACAGGGAGGCAUCUUUCUACCAAUCGCGGGAAUGGGAAUGGGAGCAGAUGAGAUCCUGGCUGCAGCGAAUGCUAGUGGCUGGGCCAGUGGAGUUCCAAAGUUGGACUCAGAGGAAUCAGAGAAAUCAGAGAAGCUGAUGGUAUGGACAUUUGAUGGUACUGAGUUUCAGGAGCGUGCCCUGUCAUUCUACGCGGGCGGGAAGCCACCGAUGGAAGACGUCUGGCUCCUGAGCCUGAUGCUCGCGGUGCCUGCCUCCAAGAGGAACAACGUGCUGUCGGGCAGCCACAUGAUGGAACUUCAGUGUUCCGCCAUGGUGUUGCUGGCGAGCUACCUCUACGCAGAGUACAUGGCGCCCUUGGUGCCUCCGGCAGUUCUCCUGAAGUAUUUCCAGCAUACUUGGGAAGUGCACAGCCGGGAAGGUGCCACCGAGUCCGCCACGGAGAUGCUGUCGCACUUCAGCUCCUUCGCACCCUUGAACCUGGCCAUGGAACAGUUUCAAGACAUCCUGCAUGCCCGGCGAGAGGCUUACAGCUGCGCGGCUUUGGGAUUUCGAGUCUGCCCGAAGGCCGCCUUGGCGAAAGAGGCGAAAGAGGCGAAAGAGGUUCCCAUCAUCAGGCCACUCGUUGACGUGGUGAUUGUGAGGUGCCGCGAGGAUGUGAGCUGGGUCUUGGAUUGGCUGGCCAGAGUCCUGCGGGAUGAGUGGACCCCCGAAGUUGCAGGCGUGCAGAUACGGCUCCUGAUCUAUGAGAAGUGCUUCUCAACAGAGCCCUCAGAGCCCUCAGAGGACCCGGCUCCCUCUGAGCCUACUCCCAUGACUGGCCAGCAGCUCCUUGACCGGCUUCUGCAGUUGGGUGCGCUGCACUUAGGCAGCAUGGUCAUCGACCUUGCAGAGCCACUGGGCUUUGAAAACGUGGCGUACGUGCAUUACUGCAUGUCUGCGGAAUGGAGAGACUCGGACUUUGUGUUCUUUCUUCAUGGAUAUCCCUUUGACCACACAAACGAGAAGAUGAUUGACGACGUCUUGAGGUCAAUGGUGCAGGGCACAUACUCAGUACCUUUCGUGCACUUGAACAUCAAGCGCCUGCCGCGAAUUGCGGUGGAGCCCUGCCUUCAAGUGCUGAUCAGGCCAGCCCUGGAUGCCUGGCAUGGAGACCAGGUCGAACACUUCCCCUGUGAAUGCAUGGGACAGGGUGGUGGAAAGGCCUUCAUCCCGAGGUCGAGGGACACCAUUGUUCCAAGCCAGGAUCCUCUGUUGAAGGCAUCGCUGGCUUUGCCAGUCUCACGUAUUGUACAUGCAGAAAUCACCCGCGAUUUCGACAUCCUGCCCACGGUACUGGGAACUGGGUACUCUGGGGCUGUCUGUUUGGCAGAGCACAAAUCCUCAAAACGUCAGGUUGCUGUGAAGCAAUUCCGCAAACGACGCUUGAAAGAGCAUCGCCUUAAGAUGCUGAAGAGCGAGGUCGAAGUAUACCUGCGGCUCGAUCAUCCGAACAUCUGCCGGUUGUUGCAUGCUUACGAGGGCCAUCGUUACGUCUGGCUGGUCAUGGAGAUCUGUAGCUGUGAGCUCUACAGCCGGCUGUGUGAACGCAAGGUGUACUGUGAGGAGGAUGCCGCGGACGUCAUGCGGCAGAUGCUCCAGGCCAUCAAUUACUUGCACAGCCACAACAUUGUUCACCGUGACCUCAAGCUCGAGAACUGGAUGUAUGGGGCACCUACAUGUCAAGAUCAAGAUCGAAUCAAGCUCAUUGAUUUUGGCUUCUCCGAGAUAAUUGCUGAGGACACGACCCUGGACAUGCCAUGUGGGACACUACACUAUACGAGUCCAGAGGUUCUGAGCAGGAAGUAUACCAAGAAGUGUGAUCUCUGGAGUUGCGGUGUGAUUUGUUAUAUGCUUUUGAUGGGACGACCACCUUUCCGGGGCGCCAACAAUGCCCGGAUUGCGCGGGCAAUUUUGGAGGCCGACUUCCCCAAGGAGGGACGCUGGGAGUUUCUAUCGUGCUACGCGCAGGAUUUCGUGAUAAGGUUGCUUCAGAGGGACGUGCAAAGCAGGAUGUCCGCUGCGGCUGCCCUCGAGCAUCCGUGGCUGAAGUCUGGUGGGUGCAGCCCUUCACCCGAGAUUGGUGUCAGUGUCUUGCAGAGUCUUCGGACUUUUGCACAGGGCUCCCACUUGUGCAGAGCAGCGCUAACCAUUCUUGCUUACAGCUUGACCUCUACGGAGCUGGAAGGACUGGAGCAGACGUUUCUGGACUUUGAUCAGUCAGGGCGAGGAACCGUCACACUGGAGCAGCUGAGGGAUGCCAUGCAGGCUCGACUCGACGUUUCAUCAGCAGAGGUCAACAGGAUAUUCCAGCGUGUCGACUUCAUGCAAAAGGAAGAGAUCCAGUACACGCCCUUUGUGGCAGCGCUGUUGGCCACCAGGGUGAAGCUUCAUCAGGACAAGGUUCGCGAUGCGUUCGAUGCCUUCGACAUCGAGGGCAAAGGUUUCAUCACAGCGAGCUCGCUAGUACAAGUAUUCAAUAGUCAGCUCUGCGAGGGGACACGCCGAAGCUGUAUUUCCAAAGAAGAGGCAGAGCAGUGGGUUCGCGAAGUCGAUUUUAAGGGCAACGGGGUCAUUGACUACCCGUCCUUCCUGGCCGCCAUGAUGGGCAGAAGUUUGCGAGGCCUCCCUUCCUUGGAAGACCUGGCCGACCAGCCGACCAUCCGUGUCUUCGAGGAAAGCCCCACUGGCAGGCCGCGAGGAUUGACAGAGUCCUUCACUGCAGCGAGUACUUGCACCAUACGGUUGCGAGAAGCCAUUCUUGACAGUUGCGACACGGACUCUGCAAGCAGCGAGAAACGGGAAGGUCGGGGCCGUGCCAAGUCCUGUACUGGCAUGGAUGAAUGCUCUGAAAAAGUGCAAAUUCGUUUUCUAGCCUGUCAAGUGGACGAGCGCUACUUUUGUUGA